AUGGCAUCUGAACCCAUCAUGAUGGCCCCCAUUUGUCUAGUGGAAAACCAGGAGGAACAGCUGAUGACCAAUCCAAAGGCAUUAAAGAUCCUUGAGAAUAUUUCUCAGCCUGUGGUAGUGGUGGCCAUUGCAGGGCUGUGUCGGACAGGAAAAUCUUACCUGAUGAAUCGCCUGGCAGGACAGAACCUUGGCUUCCCUCUGGGAUCCACAGUGAGGUCUGAAACCAAGGGCAUCUGGAUGUGGUGUGUGCCUCACCCCACCAAGCCCAACCACACUCUGGUCCUUCUGGACACUGAGGGCCUCGGUGAUGUAAAAAAGAAUGACCCUAAGAAUGACUCGUGGAUCUUUGCCCUGGCUGUGCUCCUGAGCAGCACCUUUGUCUACAACAGCAUGAGCACCAUCAACCACCAGGCCCUGGAGCAGCUGCACUACGUGACUGAACUAACAGAGCUCAUUAGGGCAAAAUCCUCCUCAACACCUGGUGAAGUAGAGGACUCCACCAACUUUGUGAGUUUCUUUCCAGACUUUAUUUGGACUGUUCGGGAUUUCACCCUGGAGCUGAAGAUAGAUGAGCAACCAAUCACAGAGGAUGAGUACCUGGAGGAUGCUUUGAAGCUGAUUCCAGGCAAGAAUCCCAAAAUCCAAGAUUCCAACAUGCCUAGAGAGUGCAUCAGGCAUUUCUUCCCAAAUCGGAAGUGCUUUGUCUUUGACUGGCCAACAAGUGACAAAAAUCUCUUAUCCCAUAUGGAUGAAAUGUCAGAAGACCAGCUGGAUAGUAAUUUCCAGGAGCAAUCAAAAAAUUUCUGUUCCUAUAUCUUUACCAAUGCAAAGACGAAGACCCUGAGAGAAGGAAUCAUUGUCACAGGGAACCGGCUUCAGAAUCUGGUGGCGACCUACGUAGAUGUCAUCAAGAAGGGAGAGAUACCUUGUUUGGAGAAUGCAGUGACAACUCUGGCUCAGCGUGAGAACUUAAUGGCAAAGAAGAAGGCAGCCGACCACUACAGUGAGCAGAUGGCCCGGCGCUUGACGAUCUGCCCAGACACACUCCAGGAGCUGGUGGACGUGCACACGGCCUGUGAGAAGGAAGCCCUUUCAGUCUUCAUGGAGCUCUCCUUCAAGGAUGAAAAUCGGGAAUUCCAGAAGAAUCUUAUGGAUACCAUAGAAAAAAAGAAGGGGGAAUUCUUUCUGCAAAAUGAAGAGGCAUCUGUAAAAUAUUGCCAGGCUGAGCUUACGAAGCUUUCAAAGCCCCUAAUGGAAAGCAUUUCAGAAGGAACCUUCGCUGUACCUGGAGGGUACAAACUAUACCUAGAAGCAAAGAAAAAGUUUGAACUAGACUAUGAACUAGUUCCCCAUAAAGGAUUUAAGGCAAAUGAGGUCCUCCAGCACUUCCUGCUGUCUCAGACAGCAAUAGAGAAAUCCAUCCUGCAGUCAGACAAAGCCCUCACCGAUGGAGAGAAGGCCAUAGCAGUGGAGCGGGCCAAGAAGGAGGAAGCUGAGAUGAAACAGGAGCAGCUAAGAAAAAAAGAGGAGGAGGAAAUGCAAAAGAUGGAAAUGCAACAGAGAAGCUACGAGGAAAACAUAGCCCAGCUGAAGGAGAAGAUGGAGAGGGAUAUAGAGAACCACAGGGUAAUUCUGAAAAGGAUGCUGGAUCAUUACAUGAGGGUCCAAGAAGAACUGCUUAAGGAAGGAUUUAGAAAGAAAUCUGAGGAGCUGAAUAGAGAGAUAAAUCAACUAAAAAAAGAGAUUGAAACAUCUAAAAAAUAUGAGUCAUUCUUGAUUUCAAAAGCGAUUGAUGUAGCUGGGAAUGUGUUAAUUAUUGCACUACCUGAAGUCUUUAAGCUAGUUCGUGAAGGGAAGAAAAUUCUCAACUAAAAAAUUAAAUAGGUUUAAAUUUCUUGUUAAGAAUAUUA